AUGAUAUCAGGCCUGCAUUUGUUGCUGGAUUCUGAUUCAGGCAACUCGGAAACCGAAGAAUAUUCAGUACCCGUCUCGAUUCCACAGGAUAUUCCAAAUGAACACAAUCCGAGAGGCUAUGCUACAAAAAUACGUACUAUAUUUGUGGAUAUCUUUCUGUCAACGAUUCGUACUAUACAGGACACGUUUUGUGCUAAGUUCAUUACAUUGCUCAUGGGAAAUCAAGAACCAAUCAAGGCGAGUAAAUAUUUUACCGAUAACUUCGAGAUGGAUGGAGUGAUAUUGUGUGCAGCUGAAACGCACGUUAAAAUUUCAGUUCCACAGCACGAUAAGCACCUUUUCUUUUACAAGGAUAACGCGUAUACCCUCAACGUGUUAAUGAUCAGUGACCAUACGAAACGAAUACGAUACGUUAUUGCAAGGUUUAGUGGAGCAUUUCAUGAUGGCUAUAUAUGGGAUGCUUCUGAUGUGGAUCAAUUCUUUCGAAAGUAUCGAAACUACAAGAUUUUAGGCAGGUCUGGUUCGUUUUACUCCCCCAAACCAUGGCUAGUCAAGCCGAUCAGUGAUGCAGUACCGAAUUCUUCUAACGCCAAAUUUAAUUUUAAACACGCGAAGGCACUGUACGGUGCCGAAGAUUGUUUCAACCUUUUAAAGAAUCGUUUUCGGUGCAUACUGGGAUCACGACCGUUACCAUUUACACCUCAAGAAUGCGCAACAAUCAUAAAUGUGUGUUGUGCAUUGCACAACAUGUGCAUCGAAUACAAUGUACCAGAAAUUCUCUGA